AUGACUUCAAUCAACCAACUGCCAUCUUCGUAUCAAUUUGCAAUUUGCAACCCAUUGAUGCAAUCUUGCAUGUCGCCAUCAGGCAACUACAAACAGAAUCCAUUUGAAGUCGUGCCAUUUUCCAACCCCGCAUUGAUUCAGCAACUCCACCAGUUUGGAGUUCCAUCUGGAUUGAGUGGUGUUCAUCCUAGUGUUUAUUCCAAUGUUGGAUUGAGUGGUGUUCAUCCCAAUGUUUAUUCCAAUGUUUCUCCAUUCAACACGCCCAACACGGUCAAUGCUUUAAACUCUUUCUGUCCAGUUGAUCCAUUGAGCCAUCACAUGCAGAUCCCUCGAUUCAACCAGUUCAGUCAACUUCCAUUGAACCAGAUGAGUCAGAUGAACCAGAUCAACUCGAUCCCUCAGUUUGGUCAAAUCCCUCAGCUCAACCAGUUUGGUCAACUUCCAUUCAACCAGCUCAGCCAGCUCAACCAGAUUCAUCAGUCUUAUCCCCAUGCUGGUAUGAAUGUCCACCAUACUGGCUUGAAUGUUCCCAACGUCACUCCCAUCCAGGAAAUCACCAAAGAUCUUAUUAUUGAUCGUACUCGCGACUUUAACAACCUCGAGCUUGUGUCGGAUGUUGCCGAUGCGUGUUCUCAGCCUCGUGCUACUGAUAUGAUCAUCAGCCAUCUUGCUCAAGGUGUUGUGCCAGCUACCCCUCAGCAUAUUGCCAUGAUACUUUGCAAUGAUCGUUGCAUUGACAAAUUCGCCAACAUGUUGAUUGGAAAUGUUGCAAACAACAUUCGCUUCAAUCGUCGAACCAACGAGAUUCUUUCCAACCUUGUUCGUGGUAUUCCCCACACUCGUCGUGUUGAUGAAGAACGAAAAAACAAAACCGAUGAUGCGAUCGAUCUUGGACUUGCUCGUUCUGCUCAGCAACUGCUUGCUGAUUCCAAUCUUGGUAACUCAGUUUGGGUUGGCCGUCAAAAAGCUGAGCGCAAAAUGAAAGCCAUCAGAGAAUUAAUGACUCCCAAUGCAUUCGGUCAGAUUGAUCCAUCUGUUCAGAUUAUGUUGAACUUGAUUCCCCAGGUCGAAAAACUGUAUGCUAAUGGUGUUGGUCCCGCUUCGGUUGUUGAACAUCUCUCCGCUUCUGGAACCAUUCUCCCCCGUGUUGCCGACUCGUCCAUGUUUUUCAAUGCAGAUGUGUUGGGUCAACGUCAGAUUGGAUUCGGAGGUAUGACAGGAUUCAACGCACCUUGGACCAACUCGGUGCAAAUGGGUGGUCAGGGUUUCCCCGGUUCGUUCAUGGUUUAA